CAAAAUAAUACUGAAUUAUUAACAUUAAAAUUUCAAAAUUUAUCUUCGUUAUUAUCAUUAACGAUGUCAUCAAAUUCAAAAUUAAUUUCUUUAGAUAUGGAAAACGUAUCUUAUCUUCAAACAAUUUCAUUAAGUGACGGUCUACAAUUCAAAAUAGCUACAUUAAAAAAUCUAUCUCAUUUAAAUAGUGUUAGUUUAUCUUUCUUUUCUAAUUUUGAAUCAAUUUCAUUUGAAAACAUGCCAUCCUUAUCCACUAUUAGUAUUACAGCAAGUGCUCUAUCGAAAAAUAUUUCAUUUCGUGAUGUGCCAUUAAUUAAAAAUCUUGAUUUGUCUGGAUGUCAAUUAACAACCUUUCCAGAAAGUAUUUUGACAUUAAAAUCUUUAGUCAAGUUGGUUCUGAAAUCAAAUCAAUUGUCAGCAUUACCAUUAACAUUAUCAACGGAUUUACCCAAUUUACAAGUUCUUGAUUUAUCGAGGAAUAACUUUCAAGGAAAUAUUUUUCAACAACCACCACUUAUUUAUCUUCGUGAACUUUAUUUAAGUAAUAAUUCUUUGGCAUCCAUCGAUGGCAUUGGAGAAUAUACAUCUUUACGAGUUUUAGAUUUGAAUAAUAAUAAAAUUUUAUCAAUUCCACUUGAAAUCAUGGAAGUAUCAUCGACAUUAUACACGUUAACAAUUAGUUAUAAUCAGUUGCAUAGUAUUCCAUAUCCAAUGACAAAUAUGAGAGCAUUAAACUCGCUGUUGGCCACCUAUAACAAUCUUUCGGAUAAUGAACGACGAUAUCUUUAUCAAAUAUUUAACCCAACAUCUAUACAAUUGAUUAUUUAA